AUGUAUAAAUCUGGUAAGCAUAAUUUGCUUCAACUCCAAAAAGCGAGUAUUCUAGAGAUGUUACGGGCUUCGUCUGGGAAUGUGUGGAAAGUACUAAUUUACGAUUCUCAAGGCAAAGAUAUUAUUGCUCCAUUAUUCAAAGUUGGGGAUUUGAGGCAACAGGGAAUAACACUUAAUUUGCCAUUGGAAGAUGCCAGGGGAAAAAUCCCAGGAAUUGAAGCUAUUUAUCUCUUAGGAGAUGAUAAGCAGAGUUUGGAAAGAUUCCUCAAGGAUGCAGAGGAAAAAUUGUAUUCGAAACUGCAUUUGAACUUCUGUUCGUAUAUUUUGGAUGAUUCUCUCAAGGAACUGGCCAGACUUUCCCUGGAAAGGAAUUGUGUUUCUAGCAUUUCAACAAUCACAGAUCGCUAUCUACACUUUGUAACAAUAUCACCCACCACGUUUUCACUAAACAUAGGCGACGGAUUUAGGACAUAUUAUGGUAACACAAGUGAGGGAGUGUCCAAUCUGCUUGAUUUAAAGGUUGUGGAUAGAUUGAUGUCUGUCAUGAUGACUUUGGGGACCAUUCCAUUCGUUCUAGUUCCCAGUAGUAACACUCCUGCAAAAUCAAUCGGUAUAAAACUAGCCGAAUGCUUUUCCCGUCUAAUACAGUCAAAAGCGAAUAAAAAUUAUUCGGCUUCGGGUAAUAUGAUGUCUACUUUGAACGGAAAUAACAGAUCGACACUCAUAAUCCUGGAUAGAAGUGUGGAUUUGACUAGCAUGAUCAUACAUUCCUGGAUUUAUGAACCACUUAUACAUGAUAUUUUUGGAAUUCAACUUAACAAAGUUGUGAUACAGAAGGAUACUUUUGAGUUGGGUAGUGAUGACUUCUUCUUCAGCAUGAGCAGGUCAUUGCCCCUACCAAAGGUCGCCACAAAAAUUGCCGAAUUUCUUGAUGAUUACAAUUCUAAAGUGGGUAAUAUUACCAAAGAAAAUACUGAUGUCACUUUGAGUUUGGCUUCCGCUAUCAAAGCACUCCCCGAGAUUACUCAACAAAAGAGAAUACUUGAUAUGCAUACAAAAAUUGCCACAGCACUCGUGGAUCACGUAAAGAAUACUGAAUUGGACAAAGUUUAUGAAUUCGAAUAUGAUGUAUUUGGGUUCAGUGACAAACAAGCCAUUGCGGGACUUGAGAAACUACUUGACAAUGAAAAGAUUGGCGUGCUUGACAAAUAUAGAGCAUUCCUGUGUUUUGUAUUUGCUAAACCGCACAUAAGGGGUUGGCAACUAGAUACCUUCUUGUUUAAAUUGAAGGCUCUGGGUCACACCACUAAUGCUCUAGAAACUAUUGAGAAUUUGGAAAAGGCAAAGGAAUAUAUCGAAUCCCUCUCCAAAAGAAGACAGAUUUCCAUACAUAACCAAUCCGACACUAGCACAACGGAUGGUCCUCAAGGUGCCGGGACGCAACGGCAUUUAUCGGCAAUUAGUAGUAAAUUAUUUGACACGGGUGUCACACUCUUGCAGGGUGCAAAAAAUUUGCUGAAACGAAAGGACCAUAGUGUCGUAGUUAAUCUGGUUGAACAUAUUCUGCAAGGAUCUAAGAAUGAAGGGUUUCAGGAAAAAUUUACAAUUAUCGAUCCCAGAGAUAUGGAAUCUAAUGCUAAGGUUCAUCCCUGUAAAUUGGUCACUGUAUUUGUCUUGGGUGGGGGAAACUUCACUGAAUCAAUCUCGCUAGCAGAGCUAGCACAAAAAACCGGCCACCACUUAAUAUAUGGAUCUACUUUUAUGGAUAGACCGGAGCAAUUCAUACAACAAUUGGAACCUCUGUGA